AUGCCUCGUCGGCCUCUGCCAGGCGAAGCGCAAGAGUUGGAAAAGUCAGCGUGGGAUGUGAAGGCCUGUGAGCUAAGUUUGUCCCAAGGCCAAGUGAUGGGAAAGAUUGAAAGCCACAGUCAUUGCUCAGCAUCCUUCCGCAUCCUUCUAGGAUUCCCUGAAUCGCAUGUUGGACAUCCAUGCAUGGUUGUACUGUACCAAGUUUGGCCGAUGCGUUUGGACCUGUCUGUGGCAUGCGAGGUUUUACAGACCAAGCCUCGCGACCUUGCCUCACCUCAUCCGCCUGUGAAGAUGUCCCGCGCUGUCUUCGUCGCCGGUGCCGCCCUGCUGCUGGGCGCCAGCUGCUUUGUGCUGCCGGGCAGCACGCCGCGCGGCGCCCCGGAGGCCCAGGUCUCCACUGGCCGAGCGGCCGGUGCCGCGGCGCCGGAGGCCGAGUCCGCAACCGCAGCCUUCAGCCCGCUUGCCCUGGGUGCUGCCUUGGGCCUGCUGGCCGCGGUGGUGGGCGGCCGCCCGGCCCUGGCCGCGGACCUCGAGAACGGCGAGGCCAUCUUCAACGGCAACUGCACCGCCUGCCACGCCAACGGCAACAACAGCAUCGUGGCAGAGAAGAAGCUGAAACCAGGUUGCACUCAAGCAGAACCGCAGAACCCAUCCCUCCACCCCACGCCCUCAAACAAUCGAAGCCUAACAUCUACUGGCACCGGAAAGAUCCGGAAAGCGUUGAAUGUCUUCAAUGAUGACAUAUCUUGUCUUAUACCUCCACAAGUAAGACCUCGCACUCUCCAGAAUGUGCCAUGA